CUGCAUAACCGGGAUCAGAUCUUCAGCUAAAGUCUCAGAAACGUUCUGCUUUCUACGCACGUUAAAUAUCUUUCUCAGGAAAUGCUUGCGAACCUCUCGGAGUUAAUUUAAAGGAGGAAUGAAAGCCAGGUGUCGAAGCAAGCGGAUGGCAGUCAGGCGUGACUUUAGCAGCACGGUCACGUUUUCAGAACUUGGGUCGGUCUUCACUGUCAGUCUGGUCUUCAGUCCACAGGUUUAUGGACGUGUGCCACGGCCGAGCUCUCGGUUCCUGUCAGGGAGCUCAGCGUCAUCAGAGCUGAAGCAGUUUCAUACAGGGGAGUGGGCCAGAAGUCCUCCAACUCCAUUCUUCAGGAUCGAUCACCUGUUACCAGAAACGUUUGGUUGAAGUUAUAAGCAAAAGUUUACAUACGUUUCUGAGAAACAUAUUGAAUGUUGGAAAAUUUUGUUGAAUAAAUAAAUGUAAAGUUUUUGAGUAUGUAAAGGAUUAUAUACCACGAUAAGGGUUUUGAGUCGUUUGUUUAAUUUGGGUUCUCGUGAUCUAGUUUUAGGACUUGGAACUGAGCAGGUCCGAUUUUAUGCAGAAAUACAGAAAAGUGUAAAAGCUUCACAAACAUUGUAGUGGCACCGUAACGGGUGUAAGAGUUAUGGAUGGAGAGAUGAGACAGGAGAGACAUAACGGUUACACGGCAGAUGCUGAUAGAAAGGGAUGGAACAAGCAGAACAAUUACAGAUGCAGACGGGAAAGGCGUGGCGGUUAGAGAUGCAGACGGGAAAGGCGUGGCGGUUAGAGACGCAGACGGAAAAGGCGUGGCGGUUAGAGACGCAGACGGAAAAGGCGUGGCGGUUGGAGACGCAGACGGAAAAGGCGUGGCGGUUGGAGACGCAGACGGGAAAGGCGUGGCGGUUGGAGACGCAGACGGGAAAGGCGUGGCGGUUGGAGACGCAGACGGGAAAGGCGUGGCGGUUGGAGACGCAGACGGGAAAGGCGUAACACUCAUCGUGGUUAUAGUUUCACAGUUUUGGAGUUUGAUGGCAUUUUCUGAAGUUUGUUUUCCCCAACUAAACAUUGUUGGAAAUUUACUCCACAUUUAAAGGUGCGAGUGAUCAAACAUCAAAACAUAAUUUUGUUGAGCAAGGAACAACCGAACAACCCCUGCUUUCUCAUUUCUAUAACAUUAUAUGGAAGAGAUUUAUGACCUGUAUAAGUCGUGUGUACGGAGGCGUUAUGUGUCCAAGUCCGUGUGUGUAAGUGAUCUGGUACAAAGCUGCAGUCUGAGCAUUACUGACAUCCAGCCAACACAGAGUCCGAAAAUAACCCGGUUCCCCAGGAGUGUGUACCAGCCGUCUGAACGCCGCGGAACUUCAAUCUGACAGCAACGACAGCAGUCCGCGAGUCCUCUGAUAACUCGCAUCAACUUCUCAGAUUUCAUUGCCAAAGUCCAGCUCCAAAUGUCCUACAGAUCCAAAUACAAUGAUUCACGCUCUGCGAAGAUAGAGAUCGAUUUCAGCUCGCCUGGUUUGGCAGUGAUGGGAGUCGAGCAGCUCCUUUUUGCCGGGAGAGCGAUCAACAGUCCUGCUAACGAGGUCUGGCCCAGACUUUAUAUAGGAGACAUGGAUUUCGCAGAAAAUCGCGCCGCACUUCGCAGGCAAAACUUCACUCACGUGCUGAACUGUGCUCACAGCUCCAGGCGAGGCGAUGACUAUUACUCCGGAAUGGGAAUCACGUAUCUGGGCAUCGAAGCCCACGACUCUCCCGCCUACGACAUGAGCGUCAACUUGAACACAGGAGCAGAGUUCAUUCAUAAUGCGCUCAGGACGGGAGGUAAAAUCCUGGUGCACUGCCAUGUGGGCGUGAGCCGCUCAGCCACCAUCGUGUUGGCGUACCUGAUGCUGAAGCACAACAUGACCCUGGUGGAGGCCGUCAACACGGUUAAACAGGGGAGAGGGAUCAUACCCAACCGAGGCUUCCUACGACAGCUCGUCGACCUGCACAUCAAACUGUACGGCUAUAGAUCCUGAGUGCGUGACCACGCCCUGCCAGCACCUGAUUUUUCAGGACAGACCUCGUUGGAUUGAUGUAAUGGUGGUUUGGCAGCAUCCAAAAUGGAAAAUAGUAAAUUACUGUUGCUAGGAUUAUAAACAGUUGAAUUUUAUAAAGAACAAAUUUGAUAAUUUAUUGUUAUUUAAUUAUCUGCAAAGCAACGACACGUAAAAUAAAUGCAAACGUAGCCAUUUUGAGUCCUGCUUCAUUUUGGUUUUCUUUUAUCAACUAUGUGGUCCCCAGACACACGUAUAAUAAAACAAAAAUGAAUUUAAU